CGAGCAGAGAUGGCGGCGGCGGCCCGAGGGGUGUUGUUACCCGCGGCGCGACGGCGGCUUUGGGGUUUCGCGGAGAGGCUUCUGGCUGGAGGAGCAGCCGGGAGGUCAUAUUUUGGAGGGAACAGAUUGAGAAGUACACAGGCUGCUACACAGGUGGUUCUGAAUGUUCCUGAAACACGAGUAACGCAUUUGGACAACGGACUCAGAGUGGCCUCUGAAGACUCUGGCCUCUCAACAUGCACGGUUGGGCUCUGGAUUGAUGCUGGAAGUCGAUAUGAAAAUGAGAAGAAUAAUGGCACAGCUCACUUUUUGGAGCAUAUGGCUUUCAAGGGCACCAAAAAGAGAUCCCAAUUAGAUCUGGAACUUGAGAUUGAAAACAUGGGUGCUCAUCUCAAUGCCUAUACCUCCAGAGAGCAGACUGUAUAUUAUGCCAAAGCAUUCUCUAAAGAUUUGCCAAGAGCUGUAGAAAUUCUUGCUGAUAUAAUACAAAACAGCACACUGGGAGAAGCAGAGAUCGAACGUGAGCGUGGAGUAAUCCUUAGAGAGAUGCAGGAAGUUGAAACCAAUUUGCAGGAAGUUGUUUUUGAUUAUCUUCAUGCUACAGCUUAUCAAAAUACUGCACUUGGACGGACAAUUUUGGGACCAACUGAAAAUAUCAAAUCUAUAAAUCGUAAGGAUUUGGUGGAUUAUAUAACCACACAUUAUAAGGGGCCAAGAAUAGUACUUGCUGCUGCUGGAGGAGUUUCCCAUGAUGAACUGCUUGAGUUAGCAAAGUUUCAUUUUGGUGACUCUUUGUCCACACACAAAGGAGAAAUACCAGCUCUGCCUCCCUGCAAAUUCACGGGAAGUGAGAUACGAGUGAGGGAUGACAAGAUGCCUUUGGCGCAUCUUGCAGUAGCUGUUGAGGCCGUUGGUUGGGCACAUCCAGAUACAAUCUGUCUCAUGGUUGCAAAUACACUGAUUGGCAAUUGGGAUCGCUCCUUUGGAGGAGGAAUGAAUCUCUCUAGCAAGCUGGCCCAGCUCACCUGUCACGGCAACCUCUGUCAUAGCUUCCAGUCCUUCAACACUUCCUACACAGAUACGGGAUUGUGGGGGAUCUACAUGGUCUGUGAACCGGCCACCAUUGCAGACAUGCUGUGUGUUGUUCAAAAAGAAUGGAUGCGACUCUGUUCAAGUGUAACUGAAAGUGAAGUUGCUCGAGCCAAAAAUCUUCUGAAAACAAACAUGUUGUUGCAACUUGACGGUUCUACCCCAAUCUGUGAAGAUAUUGGCAGACAAAUGUUAUGCUAUAACAGAAGGAUUCCCAUCCCAGAGCUUGAGGCAAGAAUUGAUGCUGUGAAUGCUGAGACAGUUCAAGAAGUGUGCACCAAAUAUAUUUAUGAUAAGAGCCCAGCUCUCGCUGCUGUUGGUCCCAUUGAACAACUGCCAGAGUUUAACCAGAUUCGCAGGAACAUGUGCUGGCUUCGUGAUUAAAAUGCUCCUACUCAGAAUUUUUGAACAUAUGUAUUUAUAAGGCUAACAGAUCUGCAAGUUUUAAGCUACCAGUCCCUAAAGAAAAAAAUAAAAACAUGUAUACUUAGAAAUUUGAAUGAAACACUGUGUCCGACUUUGAAAGGAUAAGACCACCACAGUGAACGGUAGAUCAGCACACUUUCAAAUUAUCACUAUAAUUUUAAGAAUGAAAAUUUGUACAAUAUUUUCAGUUUUAUUAUAAAAAUGCACACACAA